CACAAACAAAUCGUAAUCCGCAUGCGCGGCGUGCUUGGACAUGAACUGAAAAUGAAAACAAUCAUCGAAGCGGAACGUUUGUUUCAAGAAAUGUUGUCCGUUUAAUUUGGGGACAGAGUUGUCCUGGAAUCAAGAAAAAUGAACUGCUUCUGAAUGAUGGAUGAAACAUUAGCAGAUGAGUCAGGUAUCCCAAAGUUGUCUGCAUCUGAUGACAUACCUGUUCACAGCACACCUAUAAAGGGUGGAAAAAUUCCACUACCUUCAACAAAAAGUAUCAUGAGAGGUCUUAUAUCCAAGCAUGCCAACCGCGAUGAUUAUGAAGAAAGUCUACAAGUGAUAAAGCCAUUUGAGGACAGGUCGCUUGUACCGUCCUAUGUCAGACACAAUAAUGACAAAGACUUACAAAGUGACAAAAGACCAUAUGAGGAUAAGAUGUAUGAGAAAGAAAGGUUUGUUUCUGGACAGUUUAAAGAGUAUCAAUAUUCCACCAAAGAUCUUUCUAAUAUAGACAACCUGCGGCCCCGUGUAAAUGAACGUCCAACUGAUAAAGCAUUUAAUCAUGAGAGAGCAGCGACUCCUGGCACCUUGAAUGAAAAGUACGUGGCGGAGAGAAGUGACUUUCAGCCUCAAGAUUCUAGUGUUAAAUUUAAAAUGUAUCAAUCUGGUGAAGUUAAACAGAAGAACUAUGCCAGAAACGUAGAUACACAAAGUCUUGGGACAGCUGUGCAAGGCAUUAACAGUAAAAUUGCAUCAAGAUCUGGGAGUCAAGAUAAAAUGAGCAAGACAGUCACAAACAAAGCAGUUGAAUCUCAACGACAAACACAAAGUGCUGGAAAAGAAAUGAUGUCCUCAGUCACAGGCAAAGUUGGUCAUGACACUGUAAAAUUUACUGCCUUUAGUCGUGUAAUAAAUGAUUCAUUGGAUUUAUCACAACCUGCUAGCCCUCGAGACCUAGCCAACUCUGAUUUUACAUCAUCUGUAGGAAAAGUUGAUACAGCCAGUGAUCCACUUUCAAAAUCUGGUACAAGACCUAUUGAUAAUUGGAAAUAUACUGAUAAGGAGUUGGAGGAUGUGCACUCCUAUAGCAAGAAAAGACCAACAAUACACAGCCCAAAGUUGGAUAGAAAAAAUAAUAAGUCACUCUCCAGACAGAAUACAAGUUUUACGGAGUUGGAGAACACAACACUACAAAAGCAGCGUCAGGAGAUUCAACUGUUGGUUGCCGAGUUACGUGAUCGAGACCGGGAGCUCAGUGAGAUGGCGUCGGCUCAUCAGCAGCAGUUGGUUGCCUGGGAGCAGGACCGCCAGCGCCUGGGAGCCAUGGACAGGAAGUGUACACAGUAUGAAGAGGACCUACGAAGCAAGACUGUUCAGCUUCGUAACUAUGUUGCCAACCUGAAAAGCCUGCGGACUCGUGAGGUUGAAACGCUGCAGGAAAUAGAGAGUCUUAAAGCCUCACGUGAGCAACUGACAAAAGAAAAUGACACCCUGACAGCUGAUAAUGCCAAGUUCAAGGAGACUACCAUCUCUAUACAGAAGUCCCUAGAUGAGCUGCACACCACAGUUGGUAAACUGCGAGCCAGGGAGGAGGAACUGGUCACCACUGUGCGACUCAAGGAGAAGGACAUAUCCUCGGCUACCAGUCAAAUGCGCGAGCUCAGUGAGCGUCUACAGCAGCUUGAUCUGCGGGCCAAGGAGUGCCAGGACCAUGAGCGUGCAGCGCUGAAGGAGCGCGAUGACUGGAAGCAGCGGUACUCGAACCUUCAGGAGGAAAUACACUCAGUACAGAGAGAGUUAGACAAGACAAGGAGAGAAGCCUCUCACUUAGCAGAUGAGAACAAAUCAGCACGACAGCAACUGUCUCUGGUACAGAAAGAAGCUGCUAUGAUGGAAAAAUGCAAGGAUGAGUUGAUAGAGUCAAUAAGGGUCAAACAGGAGCGUACUGAUGCACAACUUAAGAAUUUCAGAGAGCUUUAUGAGCACCAGCUGAAGGUGAUAGCCGGUCUGCAGAUCCAGCUGGACACCAGCAAGGAGGCGCGGCACAGGCUUUCCAUGGACGAACCCCAAUUAAACAGUUCAAACCAAGGUAGGAGCAGCCAAGUCUGUGAGACAUCUCUGGAGCAUUCUACCGGUAGCCAGCCCACCACCCUGCACAACAAGUACAGGGAACCAGACACCCAGAGCUCUGGGUACCAGUCACAGCUGAGUGAGCACCCACCUCACCAGUCCAACCAGCAACCCCUUGGUUACCAUGGCGACAACAUUUCAUCCAACUACUCACGGCAGCAGAAACAACAUGGGGACUUGCAUAGAAACUUAAGCACCCGAAAUCACACGAGAAACUUCUCAUCUGACACAGAAUCCAGUCACUCUAGACGCCUUUCUGAUAUCGACAAUAACAGCCAGACCCAGGGUGAGAGGUUGUACAGCCACAUUGAUGCUUCAUCCCGUCCAAAACCGAAUGGUCCUGGCAGCGAUUGGAGCUCAAGGGCAGUGAACACAGACACGAAUCUUAAAAGCUCCUACCAGGAAACCAGGUCAUCUACUGCCACCACAUUGGCCUACCAGGAACCCAGGUUAUCUACUGUUACCACAUUGGCCACAUACCAAGAUCAGAGAUUGAACUCUCAUCAGCAACAGACCUGUAUGAAACUGCCUGAAAGUGAAAGAGCUUGUGGCAGUGUUGGUGCUAAUGAUCAGUCACACAAAAACUUCUCACCUGAAAGUGUUAUCUUAAGAAGCAAUGUUAAGUUUCACUUUAGUGAAAAACAACAUGAAAGCAGUGAGUCUGUUAUGCCAAACAUGCCAUAUCUACAGAGAGAGUCAAGAGAUAAAACGGUGCAUAACAAUAAUGCCAAAUGCUCAAAUGAACAAGUCCAGUCUUCUUCAAGGAGGGAAACCGAGUCAUGCCAAUUCUUACAUACAGAAAAUAAUCCGAAAAAUACAGAAACUGAUCUUUCUCAGCAUAACUCUGAUGGUGGAUACAAGAGAAACGACCACGCAAUAAUGAUGCGUUUUUCAGAAAGACCACACCAAGUUGAAGAAAAAGUUGAAAAUAACCAUCUUCAACAUCAAAGGGAAAAUAAUGUAUUUCAUGAAAAUAAUGGUGCUAAAUAUAAAGACGAUACCUAUAAAGUGGGGGAUUCCAGUCAAGGGAUUUCUGACGAGAUUGAUAGUGCUCAAAGUCAACAAAUAAAGGUUGACGGAAAAUCCCAUUUGGACAAGAAAUUUGAGAGUUGCUACAUGUUUGAGAACAAGCUUUGCUCCUUCCUCGAAGACUUUGAUGAUAUCGAUGAUAGCAUCUGGAAUGACCCUCCACCCCAGAAUGUGAACUUGACCAAUCUGUCUUUGGUGGAUACAUGUUCACCAGCGAGUAAACUGCGCAAGCUUCUAAUUGAAUCAGAACAGAUGAUACAGAGCUUAGAAAGAUCUGCUGACUCCCCAAUCAGGAAAGAAAUCAACAAAUCUGCUAACCAACACCAGAAAGGAACUUGAAUGAUGCCACAGUCAAUAUUGGAGUUUACUCUGUCAACAACAUUACCACUUCUAGCCAAACAUAGUGCUUAUAAAUAUCCAUUACAUUACUUUACAAUAGCUGGCUAGCCAUUAGAUAGGUAUUAUAUUGUAAUGCUACAUUGUUGCUGACAUGUGACUUCGGUAUAUAUUAUUGUUACUAAGUGAUAAAUAAUGUGGACAUUUUUAAAUUGAUUUUGUGUAAUUUAACUUAAAUUAAUGAGUUAGUACAUAUAUAUGAUUAAAAAGUGCAAGGCAUUGUAAAGCUA